AUGUUAGUGGCAGAUAUUGAGGUUGAUGAUGAAGACUUGGACGAAGAAGAAUUGGAUGAAGAAGAGUGUGAAGACUAUUACUGGGGCGAAGAAGAGGUUGAUAAUGGUCAUGAAGAUCCUGUGAGCGAGACGAGUCAAGUCACAGAGAUGCAAUGUUGGGCAGGAUGUAAGAAGAAGAUCGACUGA